ACUGUAGCUAGGCCACUAGUAUAUAGAAACGAUAGGCGAAUUGAAAGUCGUUAAAUCCGCAAACGCCGAAGACGAUCAGCAGUCAGAAGCUUCUCAACUCGUAAUUCACACAUGCAGUAACCGUCACUCGAUCACAUCAUCGAACCUUCUUCAUCCUGCAAAUUAGAUCUGAACUGCUGAAUGAGUGAAUUCGUGUUGUACACGUAAUCUGUUGGAAUCUACAUUGCAUGUGUUGGUUUUGUGUUUGAAUUGUGACGAUUGCUUUGUGAAUUUGUACGGUUUGACGGCGUUAUCGGAACAGAGUGAAAACAGGGGAAGAUGACGGCAAAAACGUCUUCUCAGCAACCGCAGUUCAUGACUAAUACGCCGUUAAUUGAGAGUUCUGAUACUAAUCAGAUUGUUGUUCCUGAUAAAACAAGCUGGAAAAACUUCUUUGCAUAUUUGGGUCCUGGUUUUCUUGUUUCGAUAGCAUACAUAGAUCCUGGAAAUUUUGAAACUGAUUUACAGUCAGGAGCACAAUACAAGUAUGAGUUACUAUGGAUUAUACUUGUGGCCUCAGUUGCUGCACUUGUGAUCCAAUCUUUGGCAGCCAACCUAGGAGUUGUUACAGGAAAACAUUUAGCUGAGCACUGCAAAAACGAGUAUGAGAAGGUGACCAAUUUCAUCUUAUGGAUUCUUGCUGAGAUAUCCAUAGUUGCAUGUGACAUUCCUGAAGUAAUUGGGACAGCAUUUGCUCUGAAUAUGCUAUUCAAUAUUCCAGUAUGGAUUGGUGUGUUGCUCACUGGUUUUAGCACUUUGGUUCUACUAGCACUGCAACAAUACGGGGUGAGAAAACUUGAGUUCUUGAUUGCUUUUUUGGUACUCACUAUAGCUGUAUGCUUCCUUAUUGAACUUGGUAUUUCCAAGCCGGUCGCUUCAGAAGUGCUAUACGGGCUGUUUGUCCCUCAGCUCAAAGGCAGCGGGUCAACAGGCCUUGCCAUUUCACUUCUCGGUGCUAUGGUCAUGCCGCACAACCUUUUCCUGCACUCAGCUCUUGUGCUUUCUAGGAAAAUACCUCGAUCAGUUAGUGGCAUCAAAGAAGCUUGCAGAUUCUAUAUGAUAGAAAGUGGCAUAGCUCUUGCAGUUGCCUUCCUUAUUAAUAUAUCCGUUAUAUCAGUAAGUGGUUCAGUUUGCAGUUCAUCAAAUUUGAACCCAGAUGAUCAGAAGAGUUGUCAAGAUCUUGACUUGAAUAAAGCAUCCUUUUUGCUUAGAAAUGUUCUAGGCAAGUGGAGCUCUAAGGUCUUUGCAAUCGCUUUGCUGGCAUCGGGUCAGAGUUCCACUAUAACCGGAACAUAUGCUGGCCAAUAUGUUAUGCAGGGGUUUCUUGAACUAAGAAUGAAGCCAUGGCUUAGAAACUUCUUAACCCGGUGUUUAGCGAUAGUCCCUAGCCUAAUCGUUGCUCUCAUAGGCGGGUCGGCUGGAGCUGGAAGGUUAAUCAUUAUAGCAUCGAUGAUAUUGUCAUUCGAACUCCCGUUUGCUCUCAUUCCACUUCUCAAGUUCACAAGUAGUGAGACCAAGAUGGGAUCACACGCCAACUCAAAAACUAUCUCAGCAAUCACUUGGAUCAUCGGGUCGUUAAUUAUGGGCAUAAACAUUUACUUUCUAGUUGAUCAUCUCAUAUCAGUGCUUGUUCAUGGGGAUUUAGCACUUGUGGCCAAGAUCUUCUGUGGUGUGUUAGGGUUUUCUGGUAUGUUGAUUUAUUUGGCGGGAAUCGGGUAUUUGGUUGUGCGUAAAAAUAAAGAAUCGUCGCAUCUUUUGGCGCUUACAACUCCGGAAUCCCGGGAAAUGGAAAGGACUGUUUCUGCAUAUGAUGGUCAACCAAGACAGGAUAUUGUUAACAUGCAACUUCCUCAAAGGAGGACUAGUAAUGAUGCCAAUUGAGGUGGUUUAGAAUUAUAAUAGAGUUAAUUUAAAUUUUAACAUGCUACAAGUUUAAGGAAAAAAACAUAUAAAUAAUGACAUCAUAUUGUGGUCACAGAUGAUGCCAUUUCUAUAUCUAAUGACAUGUGUAAUCUGUCAGCAUCUAAGUUUGGUGUGUAAAUCUAUGGGAAAAGACCAUUCUUUUGGCAUGGUGGAUUUUCUAGUGAUUAUGACCAAUGCAACGGCUGUGACAACCAGGUUCGUGUGGCCAUGUGAGUUGGUGGUGUGAUCAAUGGUAUGUUCUCAUGAUUUCAGCAUCACGGUUUGGUAAAAUUGAGUAUGAAUUAGGCGGGUUAUCAAUUUGUCAUUUUACUAUGUCAAGUGAAUGAGAGAUAGCCGGUAUUGGUAUUGUCGCAUUUAGUUUUGAAACCGAAGUUUUAAGACUUGUAUAUCUGUCAGCCAUUUCAAAAAAAUGGGUUUUUAUUUA